UCUUUAUCAGCCAUGAACCCAUCUGAGCAAUUUGUGGAACAUGGAAUAUCUCAGCAGAAUUUAAAGAAGACAUCUUGUGCAUCUGUGCUCACUCUUGCUUACCAAAGUCUUGGAAUAGUUUAUGGUGACCUCAGUACUUCUCCUCUGUAUGUUUACAAAACCACAUUCUCAGGGAAAUUGAGACUCAAAGAAGAUGAUGAAGAAAUUUUCGGCGUGCUUUCAUUUAUCUUCUGGACAUUUACUGUUAUUGCUCUCUUCAAAUACGUUUUCAUUGUGAUGUCUGCUGAUGACAAUGGAGAAGGAGGUACCUUUGCAUUAUACUCACUUCUCUGCCGGCAUGCAAGACUAAGCAUUUUGCCUAAUCAACAACCCACAGACAAGAAGUUGUCUGCUUAUACCACAGAAGAUUCUGAAGACACAUGGCUGUCUUCACUUUUAAAGUUGUUCUUUGAAAAGCAUCCUAGGUUCCAGAAAGGACUGCUGAUCUUUGUUCUUCUUGGAACCUGUAUGACGAUUGGUGAUGGUGUGAUUACUCCUGCAAUAUCAGUUUUUUCAGCAGUUUCAGGAGUUCAAGUUAAGAUCAAACAACUCCAUGACAAUUAUGUUGUUAUAAUCUCAUGCAUCAUUUUAGUGGCCCUUUUUUCCAUUCAACAUCAUGGGACACACAGAGUUUCUUUCAUGUUUGCACCAGUUGUUGCAGCAUGGCUUUUGUGUAUCAGUGGUAUUGGUAUAUACAACAUAUUCCAUUGGAACCGACAAAUAUACCGUGCACUUUCUCCACUGUACAUGUUGAGGUUCCUCAAAACCACUGGCAUAGAAGGAUGGAUGUCAUUAGGUGGAGUAGUUCUUUCAAUCACAGGGGUGGAGGCAAUGUAUGCUGACUUGGGCCAUUUUUCUGCACUCUCAAUAAAGAUAGCUUUCACAUGUCUAGUAUAUCCCUGCCUGAUUUUGGCAUAUAUGGGUGAGGCUGCAUUUCUCUCCAAGCACCAUCAUGACAUUCAGGGCAGUUUCUACAAAGCCAUACCAGAGACUGUAUUUUGGCCAGUUUUCAUAGUUGCCACUUUUGCUGCCAUUGUUGGAAGUCAAGCAGUAAUUUCUGCUACCUUUUCCAUCAUAAGCCAGUGUUGUGCACUACAUUGUUUUCCUCCAGUUAAGAUUGUUCAUACUUCAAGUAGAAUAUAUGGGCAGAUUUAUGUACCAGAAGUCAAUUGGAUAUUAAUGUGCCUUUGUUUAUCUGUCACAAUUGGCUUAAGAGACACAAACAUGAUGGGUCAUGCAUAUGGGCUGGCUACCACCACUGUUAUGUUUGUGACAACAUGCUUGAUGACACUAGUAAUUGUGAUUGUCUGGAAGAAAGGAAUAAUAAAAGCCAUUAUAUGUUUGCUAUUGUUUGGAUCAAUUGAACUGCUUUACAUCUCAGCUUCUAUCUGCAAAGUCCCUGAAGGAGGAUGGAUCCCACUUGUGCUAUCUUUUAUGUUUAUGGGUAUAAUGUUUACUUGGAACUAUGGAACAAUGAAGAAACAUGAAUUUGAUGUGGAAAACAAGGUCUCAAUGAGCAAGAUACUAUCCUUGGGACCUUGCUUAGGCAUGGUCCGUGUCCCCGGUAUAGGAAUCAUUUUCAGUAAUCUGGCUUCAGGUGUCCCAGCUAUUUUUGGCCAUUUUGUCACAAAUUUGCCAGCAUUUCAUCAGGUGUUGGUUUUUGUAUGUGCCAAAUCUGUUCAAGUCCCUUAUGUCAGCGACAAUGAACGGUUGAUCAUAAGCAGGAUUGGCCCCAAGGAGUACCGCAUGUUUUGUUGCAUUGUCAGAUAUGGUUACAAGGAUCUUCAACAGGAGAACUACAAUUUUGAGAAUAAUUUGGUAUCUGCAAUAGUACAAUUUGUAGAAAUACAGGAGAGUGUUCCAGAACCAGCACAACAAGAGUUGUCUAUGGAUGAUGGAAACAUGAAUUCUCCAUGUAAAAAUGAAUCUUUGGAGAUUUUAAAAGCUAAAGAAUCUGGUGUUACAUAUAUACUUGGCCAUUCAUAUGCAGAGGCAAAGAAAUCAUCUUCAAUUUUCAAGAAAUUUGCCAUAGAUAUUGUUUAUGCUUUUCUAAGCAAAAAUUGUAGAGACCCUGAUGUUGUAAUGAACGUAGCUCACAUCUCGUUGCUAGAAGUUGGUAUGGUUUACCAUGUCUAA